AUGACAUCACUUACUUCCUGGAACAGAGAGCACGAUGACACGGCAUCCACACGCUCCGGAGGCACACCUGGUCCGUCAAGCGGGGGACACACAUCACACAGCGGGGACAACAGCAGCGAACAAGGCGACGGCAUGGACAACAGUGUGGCUUCGCCGAGCACAGGAGACGAAGACGACCCGGACAAAGAGAAGAAAAGGAACAAGAAGAGAGGCAUCUUCCCUAAAGUGGCCACCAACAUCAUGAGAGCCUGGCUCUUCCAGCACCUAACGCACCCCUACCCUUCAGAAGAACAGAAGAAACAGCUGGCACAAGACACAGGCCUCACCAUCCUACAAGUGAACAACUGGUUCAUCAAUGCCAGAAGGAGAAUAGUUCAGCCCAUGAUCGACCAGUCGAACCGUGCAGUAAGUCAAGGAGCCCCCUACACCCCAGAUGGACAACCCAUGGGGGGCUUCGUGAUGGACGGACAGCAGCACAUGGGAAUCAGACCACCUGGAGCGAUGAGUGGCAUGGGGAUGAACAUGGGCAUGGAGGGACAGUGGCACUACAUGUAGUCGUUCAGCUGUCAAUCAAUCGCUCGUCAUAUGGGGAAGACUGCAGGGCAUGCCAGGGAAUUACCUGUCAGACGACAGCACUGCGUCCUGCUGGGCACCCUCACAUCAAAACCAGGACCCACCACUUCAAAACCAGGACUCCCUCCCGUAACCAGGAGCCUGCUCAGCUGCACAUGGCCCUCCCUUUGGGCCUCCCAGGCACCACAUUCCUGGACCCCCCCCCCCCCCCUGCUCUGUCCCACCCAGUGAUGAUAAUGCACAGGGGAGGACAUCCUCACCAUAUUGGGCCCACCCACCCUGCCUAUGCCCCCCUGCCAGCCUCCAGUCCCUAGAUGCCCAUCACCCAUCCCAGCAGACCCCUGCCCCCCCCCCCCCCCCUUCAUCCUGAACCCUGGACUGCCUCGCCCAGUAGACUCUAAGGGAUUCCUCUUUGAAAAAAAAGCGAUUGAGAGACAUUGGGUGUUUUCUCUUACCCGAGACGGACGACAACUAAAGAGGCACCUGCUAUGUGCUAUGGACUCCUAGAAAAAACACAGAGACUUUUUUCAGAGAGCUGUACCUCCUCCAAGUCUCGACUGGGGAUGGAUUUGGACCAAGGAGAAGCCAAUGUCUGUAUAACACAGAGGUGCCCUUACAAAUAGGAUUCCAGAAGAGAUGAGAAUGAGGGGAAAGAAAGACGGACAGAGAUUGAAAGGCAAACUAUAUCAACUCCUAAAGGGGAGGGAAGAGGAGAGAGGGGAGAUUCUGUAUACUGUUGUACAAUUACGCCGGACUCUCAAGGAGAACUGGGAAUUGAAGUAUUGUAAAUGAUAUGGUAUUGUUCUGCAUAAUAUGUUGUUUCUAAUCGUUUUUUGGGAAAAAAAGGAUGUGAACUUCUUGUUUUUUUUUUGUUUCUUUCCACACUAUGUGUGUGCUGUCUCUAUGACUUCUGACCUCUGACCUCCUCCCUAUUAAAAUCACCAUGAGUUUAAAAAGAAAAAAAUAUAUGUGAAUAAACCAAUAAUUCGAUCAACCAA